UGUAAUGCUCUAGAGAAAAAUAUUCGUACCAUCUAAAAGAAAAUAAUAGAAAGAAUCUCUAGAAUAGGAUGAUUUUUAUUUUGAAAGUAACUUUGAAGCUGUUGAGAUGGAAGAGAUAACAUCUAUGUUGGCUAAGAGACUUAAGUUUGAAAAUUGUGAAGAAGGAUUGAAUGAUUCAUUCAAAUUCAAAAGAUGUUGUUUUAGUGAUGAUAAAUUUAUAAGUUGUAAUUAAGGAUUAGAAAUACUAACUUAAUAAUAGGAAAUUUCUUUAAUACCUAAUGAAAAGCAUUCUACUAAAUAAGUUAAUUAAUUAAAAUGUGGAGAGAAGAGAUGCAUACAAUUAAAGAACAUUGCAGAGUUUAAACAUUUAAGAACUGGAGAAAUUAAUUAUCUUGAAUUUAUUGGAUUUCCUGAAGCUCAGAAAACAUUGAAGUUUAAAAAGAAAAAGGGAAACAAUAAAAUAACUAAAAAGAUUCACAAAUUUUGAA